AGGGGGUACAAAAUUUUUUAUAUUUUUUUAAUAAUUAAAAAAUUUAAGAAAAGAAAGGACCCAGGUCCGGCCCAAGGCUUUUACAAGCCUUUCCNCCAAAUUCAGACACAACAGGGGUCUGCCAAUAGUGCUUUCAUUCCACCAUUCAAAAACACCUAGAGACUUGGCCUUUCCUCCUUUGAGCGAAGCAUCCAGUAGCNCCCACUUCCACUGUUCAAGCCUUUCGACCUUCUCCGGCCAUCGCGUGUUGCAGCCACAACAUCGCCAGUGACAAUGCUAGUCGCCGGAGUCGUCGCCGGCCAUAGCGCCAACCGGAGUCGUCGCCGGCCAUGGUGCCAGGUUCUUCCUUCUCUCCUUCAUUUCGCGCGCAAUAGGCCCCAUCUCCGAGAUCACGCCGCUCCCGUUGCCUCCACUGAAAUUGGCCGCAGCCGCCUCCAGAUCACGAACCAGGGUCGCGCCGGCGACGCGACUCGCUGCCGGAGUUGUCGCCACUCAAUCCAAGGCGUCGCCGGCGACACCAACCAUCAACAGGAUCAACCGCGCAAGGGAGGAAAAAGGCAUUGGGGAUUUCAGUAGUAUGAGUCAAAAUGGAUGGUGGUAACGGGGUUGUGUAUGCAGGUUUGUGGUGAGGUAUAUUUUUGAUGUUGGGACGAACGAAUGACAAACGGUGUGCGGUGGCGAGUGUCGAGUGUCGAACAGAAUGGAUAGGGAAAGAUAAACAGGAUAUAUAUACAGCGUGCAGGAUAUACAGCGUGCAUGAUAUUCGAUGGCAGGCAUACAUAUGCAGUAAAGUACAAAGGCUUCUAACAGCUCUAGAUAUUUAACAGCUCUAGAUAUUCAACAACGAUCAUACAUAAGCGGCGAAGAAUACAGGUAUUCAUUGUAAAUAAAAUGCGAUAAGUUUAGUCAGUUACCUCUUAGAGCUUCCUUACUAUGGUUGUUGUAACAAGAUGAGUAACGUUGGUGCUGGUGUCAAGAGCUCUCUCCCGAAAUGUGAGGGUUCGGUAUUGGUGGUGAAUCUUGAAUGUUCAAACUGAGGUGUUGGGAGUGAAUGGAGCAGAGAAAGAUUAGAGCCGAAGAGGAUUUUCUGUUGUUGAGUGAAUCAUCCCUCAAUGCCCCUGGUUUCCUCCCUUUUUCUCGUUUUCUUUUCUCCCGCUGAUCAGUGUAUCUGACUCUUUUCUCUCUGGAAGUCCUUUCCUUACUGUCAUUCAGCCUGUAGGAAUAGACUAAGAACCAGGAGCCCCUGGCAAAGCCGCCACACAUUCCAAACGCCAUCCCCUUUAAGGUAAAACAAGUGACAGCAACCAUGGCGUGUACAAGAUUUUCUUUCUUGAAAACGGAAAGCAUUUGAUUGCGUGUAUUGUGUAUCGUGUGUUGUAGGAUAGAAAACGUCGUAGGAAGGGGUAUAAAGAAAAGACCGUCAUUCAAAAGAAGGAACGAAGUUAACUAUUGUAUUCCUUCUCUUUUUCCCUUUUUUUUCCCUUUUUUUUCAUGUUUGUUGUAUUGGAUGAUAAACAAAAUAUUCAAUUUUUUUCCUUU